AUGGCUCAAACGUUGGCUUUGGCGCUGAUCUGCCUAUUCGUGCCGCGGGCGCUGGCCAAGCCGUGCCCCGACAAUGCUCUUUUUGUGUAUAGCUAUGCCCAUGACGGUGCCUCCCAUUGCGCUUGCCUUGAGGGUUUAACCUGUGCUGGCAGCCAGUGCACGGUUGGGGGUCCCAGCAACAAGCGAUAUGGCUUUUACCACACCACGAAGCAUGCUGGUUUUGAUGCGACCUGCGAGGAUUGCUUUUGCCUCGCCCCUGAUCAAAGUCUGGCCCAGGCGCGGGAAAAACAUCCCUUUCGCACUCUCCGUGCCACCGAUGGUGGCCUCCUGCGCGACUUUCCCGACCCCCUGUUUGACGCCACCUGCCGCCCUUUCAAGGAAAAGCGCUGUGUGAGCCAGCUGCAGGGGUGGAUGCAAGCGCACUAUCCACUGAACAAGGUCCAGGCCGUGAGUGGGACGGUCAUGGCCAUGUUCCGACACCCAGCCAAACGAUUGGUGUCCGCCUUCAACUAUGGCCGGCAUUCAUUUGGGAUGAAUCGUCUGGAGCGGCUGCGCCUGCUCAAGACGACCGAGACGCUGGAAGGCUAUGUCAACUUUCCUGGCAUUGCCUCGUGCAUGACCAAGAUGACGUUGGGAUACAAUUGCGCACACUACGUGCGCCUGGAUGAGAGCCACCUGCAAGAGGCCAAAUCGCGGCUGGAAAAGGACUUUGCCUUUAUCGGCCUCUCCGAGCAUUGGAACGCCAGCGUGUGCCUUUUUCAUCGACAGUACGGUGGUGCCAUGCACCAGACCGAGCUGGCGAACCUGCGGCCAGGCACGGACAUUAAAGCCACCACCACACCAAGCCCGGGCGCCGCGCGCCGCCGUCUUUUGAGUCUGGAUGGCUAUGACCCGGAGAAUAUUGGAGAAGACGAUGACCAGGACGAUGCGGUUGAGGAUGCGCGCGGAGCCGAGGGACAGGGCGCAGGUCCCGUCAAGCCGGACCUCUUUGUCCCGGGCGUCUCCUAUGAAGAGGGCAUGUCCCGCGUCGAGCGCAAUCGCAACGUGGCCCAGCUCAGCAAGGUGCCCAAAACGGCCAGCGCCCAGCUGCGACGCGAGCAUGACCCCUUUGACUUUGCCCUCUAUGAAGUGGCCGACUACCUCUUUCGCCGCAAGCUCCAAGAGGUGAGCAUGGCGGCAGCAGCGGUGCCGAGGGCUUUGGGCAAUGGCGCCGAAGCCGCGUCCGAGUUUGGCGCAGAGGGACCAGCGUAUGUGCGAUAUUUGGAGGAUGAGCUAAAGGAGCGGACGACGCGGCGGGUGGCGGUGGUGUCGGGGGUGCUCUGCUUGGUCGGGGCGCUGGCUUAUACGCUGGGAUCGAUUCAGUUUUACUCGUGGGUGGACAAUGGCUUGGCGGGGGGCUGGCUCUUUAUUGCGGGUUCGGCCUGCUUUACCAGCGCCGCGCUGCAGGACUGGUGCCUCUUGCACGCUGGGGCUCGGCACUUGGCAGCCCACGAUACCGUGUUGCCGCUGCUUCUGACAGAGGGCAGCGAGGCACACAGCCGGUCGGGCACCGCGUGGACGCGCUCCAGCACCCAGAUGCAUCGGCCCGCCCGGUGCUGUCGGCCUUGGUCGUUGCCCACGCACAUUGUGACAGUGACCCUGUGCGCCAACAUUUGCUUCGACGUGGGCAGCGUGUUCUUCUUGCCCCGCUUCGCAGCUCAACUGGACAUUGGCUACUGGCUCUUUAUCAUGGGCUCGUUUUUGUACAUCCUGGCCAUUCUCCUGGAGGAGGGGCGGCGCUUUCGCGAGCACGGGGUGCCCUGGCGUUCUUCCCGGCGCGAGCUGGCACUGACCGUUGCAGCGACAAGUUACAUUGCGGGCUGCGCCAUUUUCAUCGUGGGGUGCACAUGGCCGCUCGUCACCACCCGAGCACCCGACACGGGCAUUCAUUGCUUUGUCUGGGGCUCGUUGGCCAUGGGUGCUGGCGCCCUCAUGGCCCUGUCGGCCGUCUCCUGUGCCCCUCCACCUCCUCCUCCGGACACCACCUCUUUCUCCGGCCUCAUCAACCCAUGAGCAUGCGGCGCUCCCCCCGCACCAUGUGAUGUGGUGCGGAACCCCAGCCGUACGGCUAUACCUGUCUUCUAGAGGACUUUAACUGAUUACCUGCCAUCUCUGCUGAAUCGAUUUCCCAAGACCGGA